AUGGCGCGUCAGAGGGGGCUUUCGAAUGUCUCCUCCACCUCUUCAUUUCCAGAGGCAAACCAGGAGUUAGAAAGCAUGUAUGACUACCUGGCCAAGGUUAUCCUUCUUGGACCAAGCGGUGCUGGAAAGUCCUGUGUGUUACAUCGAUUUGUUAAAAACGAAUGGAGAGUGCUAUCUUCACAAACGAUCGGGGUCGAAUUUUCCUCAAAAAUAAUUAAGCUAGGCUCAGGCUCGCGACGUGCACGAAUCAAACUACAGCUAUGGGAUACCGCUGGCACGGAAAGAUUUCGGUCUGUCUCUAGGUCCUAUUAUCGAGGAGCUGCAGGAGCUAUUCUCCUCUACGAUGUCGCAUCCCAUGCGUCUUUCACCGCCCUCCCUACAUUUUUGAUGGAUGCGCGCGCACUUGCUUCCCCAAAUCUCACGGUCAUGCUGGCUGGGAACAAAGCAGAUCUCGCAUCCGAGUCUUUGCCACAUGCUGAAUUGAGUGACGACGGAGUAAAACCCCCACCAACACCAUCCAGUACUUCCAGCAAGCAAUCAUAUUUCCCGUUUGACUCGGGGGGUAGCUCUUUUCGUUCCGUUAACAACAUGGGUGUGGAAACAAGGAUGACGGCUUCAUUUGCGCCUGAAGGCCGCGAGGUCGGUGCCGAAGAAACGUCUCAUUGGGCUGCUAAAUCCAACAUUCCCGUCGCUGUCGAAGUGUCUGCCCUUACUGGCGAAGGCAUAGAGGAGCUCUUUAACCGGCUGGCCCGGAUUAUUCUUACCAAGAUAGAACUUGGUGAAAUCGACCCUGACGACCCUCAAAGCGGAAUCCAGUACGGUGAUGGUGGUUUAUAUGGCCACGGCACUAGUGACGCAUCGAGCAUUCGUAGCCGGAUGACACUUGAUGACAGUGCGACCCAAUUCCAGCGUAGAAACACAAGAAGAAAGGGCGGGACAAGCCGGAAAGGUGGAAUAGGGGAAUGGGAAGAUGUCUUCCGGUUGAGCGGAUCGUAUCAGAGGAAAAGCAGAGGGUGUUGUUAA